UGUAAAUUUGCAUACAUAUGUCAUCAGGCGGUGACGAUGAUAGACAUCACGAGCAUCUUGGAGUUAGCCAGACUAAACAGGCUAAGAAGAAGAAUUCUAGGAGACCGAUAUAUCCUGAGGAUAUUGCAGGAUCUAUUUCUUUUGCUCCAGAGCGCAUCAGCCAUGAUACUCAUUUAUUUGUUGUUCCGUUUGGUACAACGGAUCCUCGACAAUAUUAUCCUAAUUAUCGUCGACCAGUCGGUGCUUCAGUUACUUCACAGCCAUUGCCUUCACGACGCUACGAGGACCUACCUUUACAGGCUAUUCGUCGAGCACGACCCUUAUCGGCAGGUACUCCAUCUCCCACAUGUACAUCUCCUUAGUUAUCUGCCAUGAGGCUUGGAGAUUCUAGUAGCGAGCAGUCAGAUGCUAUGGCCGGUACGCCUCCAUUGACUCAGCGUUUUGUGCAUCUUGAUGUAUCACCCUCGUCUACAGCUACACCUAGUGCUACACCAUAUGAUACGAUGUCUGCUCUAGCUCCUGGUCAAAAGGACAGACUUGGUAGAGUCAUGAUUGAGCCGGAUGGAUCAUCGUGGCAUCCUGCAAAGAAUGCUGCUCGGGCUUUAAAAGAUUGUGUUAGAAGACUCUAUACAUAGGCUUAUCACUCUUGGAGCGAGAUUCCAAACAGUAUAAGCCAGGCGAUGUUUAAUAACUUUAAGACUAUGUGUACUUGGGAGUCGAGGUACAAUUUGCUCAUUGGGACCACAUUUGAGAGGAAGGUAUCCGCCAGACUGUCUAGCUGGCUAAAGAGCGUUCGGGAUAGUGGUGAACGUCCUGAUUGGAUGUUGCCUCAUGUUUUUGAUGAAUUGGGUAAGUAUUGGAACACAGACAAGUUUAAGGCAAUAUCAGAUCGAGCCAAAAUGGCUAGAGGCAGUUUUAAAGGUGGCUCGUUGCACACCGGAGGUGCAAAGACGAUUGGAACAAUUGCACGAGAGAUGGAAAAAGAAUUGGGACGCACUCCCAUUGAACCAGAGGUUUUCAAAAAGACUCAUGUCAGGAAGAAAGAAAAUGAGUCAGAUCCGGAUGUGUGGUGGAGGAGAGGGCCGAACGAACUUUUAAUGACUUUAAUAAGUACGUUGCUGAGAAUCUAGAUAGUUCGGUUCAAUUGACACCUGAACUGUCCACUCAGGUUUGGAAAGAAAAAGUGGUGGGGGGACACACAAGGGUAGAUGCUAUGGUCUAGGCUCUCACAACGAUGUUAGACGCC